AUGGCACCCAACCCGUUCGACCUCGCGCUCAACGCGCUGCUCUUCGCCGUGCCGCUCGCGCACCUCCUCGUCGCGCCGCACACCAAGGUCGAGGAGUCCUUCAACCUGCAAGCCGCGCACGACAUUCUCGUCUACGGCACGCCGACCGCCGGCGCCGCCCUCACCUCCACCUACGACCACUUUGCCUUUCCCGGCGCCGUGCCGCGCACGUUUACCGGCGCCGUCGUGCUCGCCGCAGCGAGCCAGCCGCUGAUUGCGCUCCUCGGCUUCGCCGCCGUCCAGGGCGUGGUGCGCGCCGUGCUGGCUGCCGCCAACGCCGCAUGCCUGCUCGUCUUUCGCCGCGCGCUCGACGCCGCGUUUGGCCGGGCUACCGGCCGCUGGUGGGUCGCGCUCAUGCUGGGACAGUUUCACGUCAUGUUUUACCUCGGCAGGACGCUGCCCAACAUGUUUUCCUUUGGUCUGACCACGCUCGCUUCGGCGUUUCUCCUACCCAAGGCCACGCCCGCGCUCGCAAACGCGCGUCAGAAGCAGGCCCUCCUGUUUCUCGUGCUCUCCGCCGCCGUGUUCCGCGCCGAGACGGCGCUCCUUCUCUGCAGCACGUGCCUCAUGCUGCUCGUGCGGGGGCGGGCCACGCUCGCGCAGCUCAUCCCGCUGCUCGCCGCGCUGUCCCUCGGUGCGCUCGCGCUCACCGUGCCCAUCGACUCGUACUUUUGGCAGCGCGUGCCGCUCUGGCCCGAGCUCGCCGGGUUCUACUACAACGCCGUGCUCGGCGCCUCGUCCGACUGGGGCACCUCCCCGUGGCACUACUACUUCUCCGCCGCCAUGCUGCUCCUCUCCUCGCUCAACUACCCCGGCGGCGACGCCGUCGCGGAGCUGUUCCGCCUGGCGCCCGCUUCCGCCACGACGCUCGGCGAGACAGUCGCCGUGCACGCCGACGUCCUCACCUGCAUGACGGGCCUCACCCUCUUUGGGCAGAACCCGCACGGCCUGCCCCUCGCCCACGGCGCGCCGUCGCCGCUCCCGCCCGGCGUCGCCCGGCCGCUGCUGCUCUUUGACAAGACUGAGGACGAGGCGGCGCUGGCCCGGGCCGACUUUUGGACGCGGUUCGACUAUGUCCUCGUCGAGGACCCCGGCAAAGUCGCCGGCGGCCAGUGGCGGACGAUUGGCGUCGUGCAAGGCUACGACGGCGUUGAGGUGCUGCGGCCCGGUGCCACGGCCGGCGGUGAUGAUGACAGCGACGACGUUGAGGCCAACCCGCAAGUAGCCAGCCUGCGGCCCCCCGUGCUCGGCCGCGGCCUCGUGGUGCGCAACCUUCGCAAUCUCGUGCGAAGCAUCACAGGCGGCUGGUAUGCCGGGCCGCGCAUGGCGCCGCGCAUACACAUCAUGCAGCAAAUCACGGCGCAGUCGAGCCCAGGGAAAGCCGCUGUAGAAUAA